CAUAAUUGUAUUAAUUCGUAAUUUCCUAAAAUACUUUAACUGUGUAUAAUGAUAUCUGUGUUAAAAUACACAAUAUCAUUAUAUUCCUAUACUAUAGUAACCUUUAAACAUUUCCUAGACGUUUAUUUAAAAUCUUUUUUUCUGAAUGGUUCGGGGAACAAUUUGUCUGUUUCUUUUUGUUGAUGUGUGUACAUAGAGAUUUUAUUUUGUGUGCGCAUGCGCAGGGAGUAAAGCGUGUUGUAGGUCUCUAUGACGACGGGUAUAUUAAACCUUUUAGGGCUGUAGAGGGACUAGACGCAGAUUAGGUUAUGUGCACAGGUGUUGCUCCGCAGACUACCAGACUGUGGGCCAGUUAGAUGGGGUGAUAGUCUCAAAGCAACCGGGCUGGAUGAGUUCUGUCACCGCUUUAAUUCAACAGGAAUACUACGCAAUAACCUGGUGGUGGUGAGUUUACUAACAACCAUAUUGACGCAAUUUCUCAUGCUAUUUAUUACCAUUAGCCAAAAACACUUGGUUAUUAUGAUUCCUAUAAGCGCGAAUUGUCCCCGACGAGUCAACUCCUAAUUCGGUCUCCGUCCUGUUCAUUUGUAUUGCCCGCAGAGCUAUUAAAUAAACAGGAUUAUAGUCUAUGUUAAACUCCUAAACGUUUUGCAGCCAUUGGAAUUUGUUCUGACUCACAACAGAAACAAAGCUACUGUAAACAUAGCUAACUUACAUGUCAGCAGAGCAGAGGGCAUAUUUGCUUAAAUAAAACCAAUAAACAAACAACAAAAACUGUUUACUGGUAACCUUGUAGUACUGAGUUCUGUCCAGUAAGUGACGCCCAAUCCCCAACACAAGUAGGUUACACCACAGCUCUGUGUAAUCCAUCUCCUGGACAUAAAGUGAUGUGAGAUGAGUGGGAAUUAGGUGCCACAAUGAUUCAAAAACUCAGUUGCUCUUCAAUCCAUGACACAAACAAGCUAGACUGAAUAUAUAAUUGUGAAUAUGUUGCUUUUUGUGAUGCUGUUUUGAUUGUCCAUAUAGAUGGGACCUGAUGAGAUACCCUGAUCUGUAUUGUACGCUGCUGUAGGCGAGGCUAUGUAUUGUAUGUCUAUUAAUAUCUUCAGUCACGCAGGUCAUCGGGUGUCUAUGCCACUCAUCCAACCUCUAACCUCUAUCACCAUGAUGUCAUGAGGUGGAAAUAAAGUGGUCAACAAAACAUUAUUAUCGGUGAUGUCUGCAUUUUAAUGCAAUUUUCAACAUAGUAAUAUUUUCAUAUAUGUAUCAAAUAUGGUCUUUUAUUUGCACCAGAAUAUCUACUUUAAAGUGAAUGCCAUGUGUGUGAUAGUGCACACACAUGGCACCGAAACCAUGACAUUUGUUGUUGUAUAUACAUGUGUAUAUAUAUAUAUAUAUCUUGGUAAUCAGAUCAUUAGAUGUUGAGAUAUCUUGCUUAGGGCUGACCGACUGAUAUUAUUUUCCUUAGAUCCCGCUUCAAGUGUGGCACGAAUAUUGUUUGAAAGUUGUCUCUGAUCUUCGUCCAGUGAAGAUUAUGAGUGAGGUGGUUUCCACAAAGCCUCAGGAGGAAUAUGAGGACGACUUUGAGAAGGAUCUGGACUGGCUGAUCGGUGAGGAAAGUCGUAGGGAAGACCAGGGUCCUGACUUUGGCGACAUAGAAGCAGAAAUUGACAAAGAACUGGAGGAGUAUGACAAACAGAAAGGAAAGAAAAGAAAACCGAAAAGCCACAAGGAGGAGAAGGGAGGCAAGAAAACAGAGGAGCUGGAAGAAGAUGAAGAGAGGUGGCCCUCACCUAUGGAGCCAUUAGAGUAUGACUCUGACAGAGACAGCCCAAAUAAGUCAUCACCUGUAGCCCCCCCACCUCCAGGGAUGGAUGAACAGACAGAUGAGGAGAAGAAGUACAUUCUGGAGAAGAUCCAGCAGGCUAAUCGAGACUUGCACGACCAAAAAGCUCCAGAUAUGACAAGGCGCAGGCGGCUGCAUUUUAAAGAGACGCUGGUGGACCUGGUGGUGCCUCCGCUGCAAAACGGAAACUCUGGUGAGGUAGAAGGGGUCCAGGGAAACAAGGAUUCAGAGGCAGAGACUGAAGUGUCAGGGAAGCUUUCCGAGCUUAAACUUUCCCCUCGGGAGGAAAGCGUAGGAUCUGGCAGGGCUGGGGAGACCAGUGAGGGAGGGGUAAAGGAGGGUAGAGUCCUUGUAGAAAAGGAUGGUAAGUUUGAUCUGGUCAGUCUGAAAGAGGUGGAAAGUCAAGGACUUCUCCCUCCUAUAGCGAGUGACUUCUUAACCCCACGUCAUCAGCAACAGACUGUGAGCUCCAGUAAGACCCACAGGUCCUCCUCCUCCCCUCGCCCUGGUGCCGGCUCUUCCCCCUUCCAGCAAGGCAUAGAUCAGCUCCGUGCCCCCAAACCUCCCGCUCAGCCCAGGAACAGGCCCAGCUCAGCCAGCCACAGUCAGAGUGGCAACCAGAGGAGAGGCAGCAAGCGGCGGGUGCAGUCGGCUGCCGGGAACCCCUGCCUGGCCACCUACACCCUUUCCCCACAGCAGAAAGAGCUGCUGCAGAGGACCCAGGAGAGGAAGGAGAAACUGUCCAGAGAGGAGGAGCAGAGGAAACUGGAGGAAGAGGAGCAGAAGAGGCAGGAGAAUGAGCUGGCGUUUAAGGCGUGGCUGCUGAGGAAGAGAGAGCAGUUUCAGGAGGAGAAAAGGAUCCAGCGAGCUCAGGAGAUGGAGAAGAUGAGUUCUAAGAAAGAGUCCAACGACUCGGAAGAGUCCUUCCGGCUGUGGCUUCAGAGGAAGCAGGAGCAGCAGCAGAAAGAGAGACAGCUGGUGGAGCUCAAGAGGCUGGAGGAGGACAGUGGUUACCUCCUACGCAGCCGCGAGGAGUGUGAACGUGCCUUUAAACUGUGGCUGAAGCGGAAACGGGCGGAGAAGCGAGCGGAGCAGCAGGCGGCUCGAGAGCGCUCCCGCAGGUUGGUGCUGGAGGAACGCCGCGCGCGACGCAUGAGGGACCUGCUGUGUUCCGUCAAUGAAACCAAGCCAUUCAGAUUCACCGAACAGCUGGCCUACCGCUUCUGAACCAAACAAAAACAACGUGGCUGCUGGAUUCACACGUCACUGCACGUGACCGUCGUCAAAAACCACAGACUGGGCAACACGAGAUUUGGUGUGGAACAGAAGACAGUUUAUUCUGUGUUCAGUCGUUGCUAGGGUUUUGUUUUAGCACUUCUAUUUCUGUGCUGUGUUAAGUCACAUUUCUAAAAAGAAAACGUUUACCACAGUGACUGACCCCAGUGUGAUAAAAAUGUACUGAGUAAAUUAUUUUUUUUACUGUAUUUAACGCUGUCUAGUGGCAACUGCACUUUACUUUAAAUGGAGCGCUUCAUAAACAACAGGGCUUUGCAGCUUAAAUACACAAGAUGAAGCAUUUGUUACGGCAUAACUUUUGUCAAGUUUUUGUUUGGUUACAUAGAUAUUACAGGUUACUUAAAUGAAUGCAACUGUAAAGGAAUGAAAUAUAUAUGUAAGAAUAAAACUAAACUACGAUAUCCAAAAUCAAAGAUAAUAUCUCGUCUCAUAUCAAGAUAUAGAUUUAUUGCCCAAUCCUAACAAGUCAUUUAUCAGUUUCUUAAUUUUAAAGGCAUUCUUAUUUGAUACAAAAGAAAAAAUGACGUUUAAUUUCAUGACGUGAAAGCAUAAAAUAAAAAUACUAAAUAUA